CCGGCGGCAGCAGCAGCACGGCCACUUAAAACUCUCCACCCAACACUUCGCCGGGAAGGAAUUAAGGCGACGUACCAGGGACAGGGAGGAGGCCAGCCAUGGCGUCGUACGACAAGGCCAUCGAGUCGUACAAGAGGGCCGUCACGACGGCGGCGUCGCUGGCGGCGUCGGCGAUGCUGGUGCGCGGCGUCGUGAACGAGCUGGUGCCGUACGAGGUGCGGGACCUGCUCUUCUCCGGCGUCGGGUACCUGCGGUCGCGCAUGUCGUCGCAGCACACGGUGGUCAUCGAGGAGACGGAGGGGUGGACCAGCAACCAGCUGUACGACGCCGUCAGGACGUAUCUGGCCACGAGGAUCAACACCGACAUGCCGCGCCUCCGGGUCAGCCGCGUCGACGAGGCCAAGAGCAUGAUGUUCAGCAUGGAGGAAGGCGAGGAGAUGUCCGACGCCCACGAGGGCUCCGAGUUCCGAUGGCGCCUCGUCUGCCGCGACAACGCCGGCGCCGGCGCCGGCAACGGCAACGGCCGCGGCGGCAACGGCAACUACCGGCUCGAGGUCCGGUCCUUCGAGAUGAGCUUCCACAAGAAGCACAAGGACAAGGCCCUCAACUCUUACCUCCCCCACAUCCUGGCCACUGCAAAGAAGAUCAAGGAUCAGGACAGGACGCUCAAGAUCUACAUGAACGAGGGUGAGUCGUGGUUCGCCAUCGACCUCCACCACCCCUCCACCUUCAGCACGCUCGCCAUGGAUCACAAGCUGAAGCAGUCGGUCAUGGACGACCUCGAGAGGUUUAUCAAGCGGAAGGAGUACUACAAGAAGAUUGGCAAGGCAUGGAAACGGGGUUACCUUCUGUACGGCCCACCUGGGACUGGCAAGUCCAGCUUGAUCGCAGCCAUGGCCAAUUACCUCAAGUUCGAUGUAUAUGAUCUUGAGCUGACUGAGGUCAACUGGAACUCAACCCUUCGACGAUUGCUCAUCGGGAUGACGAACAGAUCAAUCCUAGUCAUAGAAGACAUUGACUGCACUGUAGAGCUACAACAACGGGAGGAAGGUCAAGAGAGUUCCAAAUCCAAUCCUUCGGAGGACAAGGUAACACUGUCUGGGCUACUCAACUUCGUCGACGGGCUUUGGUCAACGAGUGGGGAGGAGAGAAUAAUCGUCUUCACGACAAACUACAAAGAGAGGCUUGAUCCUGCGCUUCUGCGUCCUGGAAGGAUGGACAUGCAUGUCCAUAUGGGUUACUGCUGCCCAGAGUCAUUUAGAAUUCUGGCCUCUAACUACCACUCCAUUGAUAGCCAUGCCACAUACCCAGAGAUAGAAGAGUUGAUCAAGGAGGUCCAGGUGACACCAGCAGAGGUAGCUGAGGUGCUCAUGAGAAAUGACGACACUGAUUUUGCACUUGAAGGCCUUAUUCAGUUCCUCAAGAGUAAGAAAGAUGUUGGCAAGGGGGCCAAAGCUGAAAAUGUGGAGCAGGUGGUGAAGGCGGAAGAAACAGAGAAAGGGAUGAUGAAGAAAAUUGAUGUCCCAGAAAAUCAAGAACCGAAAGAUGCAAGCAAAGUAUGAUGCUUAAACAGUGUGCAUAGCAUAUAAUUAGUGCACAAAAUUCUGCCAGAUGUAUUUUUUGACUACUAGCAGAAGAUCAUUUUUGGAAUAAUAAUGGACUCUAGGGAGGUGAGCUUGUGAUACCGUUUCUAUUAUCACAAAAUACAUAGUGAGGUUUCAUAUGCAGCAGUUUCAAAGUACAAAUAUUAUUUAAUCUAAGCAGGCUACAAUGUGCAAAUGAUCACUGUUGCAAAAACUACAAAAACUAUGAAUUUUAGAAGACAAUUUGGAUAGCAAAAUGCCUUCCCAUAACAGAUCAAGCUUCAGUAUCGGUGUUCACCCCAUUGUCUUCUCGUAGAUCAUACUCAACAACUAGACCAAGAUUAUCAACAAAUUUGUGGUACACUUGGCACCCUCCACACUGCACAUCCAGUGUAAUAUCAGAACACAAAUUUACAGUACAUGCCUGGACAGAAUGGGCAUAUCCAUGUUUUUUUUUUCAUAUUUAAGAAAAGCAAGCACUUGAGCAUUGUAUAAAUAAAAUUUUAACUAAGUGAAUCACCACAAAUAAGUAAAUAGACAAAACA